AUGCUACAAAUAUUAUCAUCAUCUUCCGAACAACAAGAGGCAUCAUUUGAUAAUGUUCUAAUCGAUCUCAAUACUUCCUUUGACGAUUGUCUACGGGAUUUUUAUUCAAAAAUGCAAAUACUUCUUCAAGAAUUGCCAAAAGAAAUGUUCAAAGAUAAACUUGCACAUCAAUUCUAUCAACGUCGAACUAGUGUCAUAAGACGUGUUCAAUUUUUAAAACAAAUUCUACAACAAUCAACUCAAUUACAAAAAUAUAUUGUCAAUAUCUAUAAUGAAUAUUUAUCGAAGCAAAAAAGUUCGCGUCGUAAAAUCUACGAAAUGAUUUAUCAAAUUUCGAAAGAUAUUAUUUGUGGCAAACGUCUCGAUAGCCUAAUAGAAUCUAUUCAUUCUUACACUCGAGUUUCAUUUAUUAGUUUCGCCUCAAAUAUUUUGAAAAUUACUAUUAAUAAUUAUGGACUGGAUACACUAUCAAACUGGUCGGCAAACAAAUAUGGUUUUGAUUCAUUAUUGAAAUUGAUCAAUUAUUGUUCAUUUAUCCCCGAAGAUGAAAAUGCCAAUAUCUUGACAUCUUCGUUAGAUCAUGGAAUAUUUCAAAUUGUCACACUAUAUUCCUGUAUCCUACAAACGCCAUUAUAUCAUUUAUUACAUCAACGAGUUAAAGCGCAUGUAGACGAGAUCAAAUUGAAACAUAUCAGCACGCUAAAUAAAAAUAAAUGUAUGCAGAUUCGAGAUUACUCUUCUUAAGAAGCCGAUUUAGGAUUCAUUUAUCUAUCAUCGAUCUGCAAAACUAUGUACUAAUAUAGAAAGAUUUCAGUUACUAUAGUUACGUAAAAAAUAUAAGUACGUUUCACUGAGAAAAUGCAGAAACGUUUUUAGCACAAACCCUAUGCAAUUAAAAUGUGAAUCGCAAUGAAAUUGUCUUAAUCGUAUAUGACACUUUCCUAUGACAUAGAAUGAGUGGCAUCGGGGUUAAUAUAGCAGUAUCCAGAUAUGUUGAUCAUGCCGCCAAAUCACUAUGAAGUAUAUUAAACUUAUUGCAAAAUUCUUCCAACAUGUUACACACUACGAUUAACAGACAGACAAAGAGUAUGCAUUUUUGGACCUUUAGAUCACGGAAUUUAUAUUCAAAAAAUUAUUAUUAGAACACAUAACUCCUCAGAUUUUUUUACAAUAUAAAAUGUAGCGUUUGACUAUUUAAAAAUGCAUAUUGUCUCUUUGUCAGUCGAGCAGUCAUCCUAUUCCGCGAUGUUCAACAUCGUGCAAUCGAUUCCGCGCCCGGAAUUGGAUCCGACGAUUCCGGAACUGCAUCCAACCACAACUUCAAUCGAUUCCGGAAUCGAUUCCCACAAUUCCGGAACCACAUGCUCCCAAAUCCGGAUCCGGAAUCCCUAACUAUCAUUCCUUCUGGCCCUCGCCCUCACAUUCGCUGUUGUGCUUAGUACAAGCGAGCGAUUCCGCAGAGGAAUUCCCGGAAUUGAAUUCACACGGAAUCAGUAGGAACUCCAUGGAAUUCCGGAAUUGGAAGAAGCGACUCCGGAUCCGGAAUUACAAGCCACGAUUCCGGAUCCAGAAUCCUUAAGUAGCAUCCCUUCUUGCCCUCACCCACACAUUCGCUAUAGUCCUGAGAACAAGCGAGCGAUUCCGCAGAGGAAUUCCCGGAAUUGAAUUGACACGGAAUCAGUAGGAAUUCCGCGGAAUUCCAGAAUUGCAGGCCACGAUUCCGGAUUCGGAAUCCCUAACUAGCAUUCCUUCCUGCCUUCACCCACACAUUCGCUGUUGUCCUUAGAACAAACGAGCGAUUCCGUAGAGGAAUUCCCGGAAUUGAAUUCACACGAGGAAUUCCGGAAUUCGAAGAAGCGACUCCGGAUCCGAAACUGCAAGCCAAGAUUCCGGAUCCGGAAUCCCUAACUAGCAUUCCUUCCUGCUCUCACCCACACAUUCGCUAUUGUCCUUAGAACAAGCGAGCGAUUCCGCAGAGGAAUUCCCGGAAUUGAAUUGAGACGGAAUCGCUAGGAAUUGCACGGAAUUCCGGAAUUCCAAGCACCGAUUCCGGAUCCGGAAUCGCUUCGUGUAAUUCCGGAUCCGAAACCACUUCUUCCAAUUCCGGAUCCGGAAUCGCUUCUUCCAAUUCCGGAAUUCCGUGGAAUUCCUACUGAUUCCGUGUCAAUUCAAUUUCGGAAAUUCCUCUGCGGAAUCACUCGCUUGUUCUAAGGGCAAUAGCGAAUGUGUGGGUGAGGGCAGGAAAGAAUGCUAGUUAGGGAUUCGGAAUCCGGAAUCGCG